ACGAAGAUGGCACCUGCUUGUGGCGCUCGGGGCUCCUGGCCGAGCGUCGCGGCGCCGAGGCUGCUUUGGGCACUGCUGGCGAUUGUCCGGCCGUUGCUGGUUCCGGCUGAGCAGUACCCGUCAUUGUCUCUGCGCCACCAGCAAGGGAGCAGUUGCUACCCGGAGUUUUGGGUGGCUGACUGGGAUGGGGAGCAAUAUGCGGCAGCUGCCGGAGAUGGUGACUCAUCAUUUUUGCACUUUCAUGAUUCAGACUGUGAACUACAAGGGUCUUCAUCUUGUGAACCUCAGCUUUCUUGCACUACAGAAAAACUUUUGAGCCAAGCAAAAACACUUGCCAAAGGAAAAAAAAUUCCAUUUGCUACAGAUGAUGACUAUACAAAUGAAGAAUUAGCUAUUGCUUAUGUAUUGAUUGGCAUUGGCCUUUAUGAGGAAGCAAUACAACACUUUUCAAAAAUGCUUCAGGAACAACCAGAGCUCAUCAGUGCAAUUUAUGGGCAAGGGAUAGCAUAUGGAAAGAAAAGGCAACAUGAUAUUAAAAAUGCAGAGCUUGCUUUGUUUGAACUAAGCAGAGUAAUUAGUCUGGCACCAGAUCAUCCUGAAGUGUUUGAACAGCGAGCAGAGAUACUGUCAUCCCUGGGUCGAAUUAGUGAAGCACUGGCUGAUGUCACUAAAGCUAUUCAGCUGAAACCUUCAGCACAACUUUAUUACCACAGAGGUAUUCUUUACUUCAUUUCUGAGGACUAUGCAACAGCCCAUGAAGAUUUUCAGAACUCUCUUGAGCUAAACAGAAACCAGCCCAUUGUUAUGCUUUACAAAGGUUUAUCCUUUUUUCACAGAGGGCUUCUAAAGGAAGCUAUUGAAAUAUUUAAAGAAGCUCUGAAGCAGAAAUCAGAUUUCAUAGAUGCCUAUAAAAGUCUGGGCCAGGCUUAUCGAGAACUUGGUAACUUUGAAGCUGCAAUGGAAAAUUUUCAGAAGGCAUUGAUGCUUAAUCAAAAUCAUGUUCAGACGAUACAACUUAAGGGAAAUAUGUUUUAUCAUCAUGGAAACUUGGAUGAAGCCUUGAAGAACUUUAAGAGGUGUCUGCAAAUAGAGCCAUAUAAUGAAGUAUGUCAGUAUAUGAAAGGUCUCAGUCAUGUUGCCAUGGGCCAAUUUUAUGAAGGAAUCAAAGCUCAGACUAAAGUUAUGCUAAAUGAUCCUUUGCCUGGUCAAACAGCCACUACAGAAUAUCUGAAAGUGAAAUACCUCAGGGAAUAUUCUCGCUAUCUUCAUGCACAUCUUGAUACCCCAGUUACAGAAUACAAUAUAGAUACAGAUCUUCCUGAAAAAUUUAAAGAUCACUGGGCCAAGAAUCUUCCUUUCCUGAUAGAAGACUAUGAAGAACAGCCAGGUCUACAGCCAAAUAUAAAAGAUGUGCAGCUUCAGAAAUUUGAAAACUAUAAGUCCUCAGUGCAAGAGAUGAUAUGUGUAGCUAAUCAUUUGGGUUCAUUAAUGCAAUAUGAGACUGUUGGAUUUCUUCCAAACAAGAGAAUGCAUAGAGCAAUGGGGCUAGCGGUGCUAGAAGUAAUGCAAGCUGUACAGCGAACUUGGGUAAACUCAAAGGUGCGGAUGAAUGGAAAAACCAAGCUGAUGCAAUGGAGAGAUAUGUUCGACAUUGCUGUGAAAUGGAGACGGAUAGCUGAUCCAGACCAACCAGUACUAUGGUUAGACCAAAUACCAGCUCAAAGCCUUAGUAGAGGUUUUAAUAAUCACAUCAAUCUAAUCAGGGGCCAGGUUUUUAACAUGAGAUACAUGGAGUAUUUUGACAAGAUACUUCAUUUUAUAAAAGACAGGAUCCUUAUUUAUCAUAGUGCUAAUAACCACAAAGAACUAUUAGAAGUUCGCGAAGCAUUGGAGCAGGUACAUAAAGUAGAAGAUCUUCUUCCAAUUAUGAAGCAGCUUAAUAGUAAAACAAGAGAUGGUUUUACCAUCCACACCAAAGUCCCAAGCCUCAAAAAUCCAGGAAAGGAGUAUGAUGGAUUUACUAUUACUAUAACAGGAGACAGGAUUAGGAACCUUUUGUUUUCAGUUGAAACACAGACAACAGAAGCAAGAACACAACUUUAUCAUACAGAAAUAGAUGCUCUUUAUAAAGAUUUAACUAUGAAAGGAAAAACAUAUAUUUUAUCUGCAGAACCUAGGGAGACAGAUGUCAUAUGCAAUCUAAUCUUGUCUGUUUUAUACUACUUCUGUAACUUAAUGCCUCUGUCGAGAGGUUCCAGUAUAGUGGCUUAUUCAAUCAUCAUGGGAGCACUGAUGGCAAGUGGAAAGGAAGUAUCAGGAAAAAUUCCUAAAGGAAAGGAUCCUGAACCCUGUUUGAGGAUAUCUUCAACAUUGCAAAGGCUGACAUGUUUUGCUACAACAGAAGCAUGCCUCUUUUGGUACAGUAUUAGAAAUAGUUCUAUGAAAAAUGGGAGGAGGAAAGCAAAAUCAUUAAAUGAAAUUGCAGUUUAAUGCAUGCUGGAUAGUAAAUGCAACUAACUUCCAAGGAAGCAUGUUUCCCAGGAGCGAACUCUUUGGAGCUUGAUCUUGAUCCUGGUCCUGAUCCAGUAAUAUUUGCAACUUUUCACUAUCAUGCCCUGUUUUUAUGGAGUAUUCCUGUUAUUGUUUAGCUCUUAAAAAAAAGUAAUAGAAUGUGUAAACCUGAUCUACCUCCUUAUUUCUUUUUUUAAAAGAGCAUUGAAAGCUCGUAUGAAGAUAAUGCAGUUGUAUUUUCUUUUGGUUAUCUUGGGUAUUGUCCACAAUUUGGUAUUUCUAAUAUACAAGAGUGAGUUAUAUGGUCAAUAAUCUUUCCUCUGGGCCUUGUAACAGAAGUUGUGUAAAUAGGCCAACUUAAAAAGUAAACACAUUUAAAUACACUUCCUUUCUAUUUAUAAUUGUGGUGGUUUUACAUUUUCCUCUGAAUUGUGUGGGCAGCUUGAGAUUUUCAGUGUUGUAUUACAAUUGCCAAAAUGGCAGCCUUUGUGAAAUAAACAGGUCAAAAAUAUCCAGUGCUACUCCACUGGUCUUCCUAAUCAUAUGGCUAUGCCUUUUGGAUGAUUCUGAAUGUUUGGGUAUGUUCUGGCAUAAUUGGAAGUUAUUUUAAAAGAUUCCUAUCUUUAAAUUCAUUUCUUA